AUAGAAAAUACAAGCGCUUCGCUGCUUUUAGUCGUGCUGUGGUUUAAACACGUCGCACCGGAUUAGCUGACGGAAGUGCAUACGUGGGUGAAAAUCAAAUAAUUCUCGAAGACAAAAGACGGUGUCCGUGAACUUGACCAGUCGCUGGUUUUCACGUUGAUGGUUUGUCUUUUCGCAUUUCUUGUGUCGCACGCGUUUAGGAGGUGCCAUCGUCACUUUUCAAAGGAGACCGCCGCUUCGGAGCAUUCACGUUUAGUUGGCGCGUCGUUGCCGCAUUGUCGUGACGCGAUUCGUCGACCGUACUGUGGCUCGCAGCCAGUCAGAAUAGCUGGCGAAUGGCACGGAGUGGUGAGAGACUAGCAGUGAGGGGAAGAAAGUGAGUAGCCAGGGCCAGUUCUCUUAGAGACACUCUGAACUGCGGAUCGCUUUAAGUGUUUCUCCGGAUUUUCGGAAGAAUAAGAAGAGAAAAACGAAUGAGCAUACGCAUUGCGAAACAAUGUACGGAGGACUAUAUCGAUGGUAUGUCGAUCGCGAGUGAUGCUUCUCGUCGAGACCGUGUCCGCAUGGAGUUUGUCUCGUGAACGAUACUCGUAAUUAAAUUUGGACACUGCGCACGAAGAUUUAUUGGUGAUAUCAGGAUCAUCACAGCACGGAAUGGUUGUUCGAGGCUGCCACAUCAUUCAACCGAUACGCUCACGCGAUCGUGUGAUCGAUUGAUCAUACGCUGACUACGGUGACUAGGAAAAAACGUGCGCGAACGCUUGGCGAUCCAUUCUUACGGAGUGUCUUAAUAGUGAUUAUUAUCAGUGACUUAGAGAGUUCGCGAUUGACUUUCAUGUCAUCGCUUCGUGGACGGAGGUGAACUUAAAUAAAAGACCGGUGGUGAUUUGGACGACGGGUUUAUUCACCGGUGUGAUCGAUUGACAUUUUCGGCGUGCCCCGUUGAUUUUCUUGACGUCGAACGGUAUCAGAAAAGGGCAGCAAACUGUACGGGCACAGGCAAGAAGAGAUGCACACGAUGGAGACGGACAUGAAGGGCGGCAGUCUGCAUGCUCAGAUGCCACCGCAUCCACACCAGGGUGUAUCGCCGAUGGGCCAUCAUACAGGGAUGUCUCCUUAUGGAUCUUUAGGCUCGAUAGUUCACAGCUCUGCACUGUCGGGAAGUCCACCCAGCGCGGGUGGCUUGGGUCUUGGUCUUCAACAUCAUCACCAAACUUCUCAACAUCAUUACGCAAUGUCAGCUGCCGCCGUCGCCGCCGCAGCCGUACAACAACAGCAACAACAACAGCAGCAACAAAGCAUGCACGCAAUGGCGGUUCAACAGAGCGCUCAGCAACAGCAACAUCACGCUCAUCAGCAGUCACAACAGCAACAAUCGCAGUCGCAGCAGCAUCAUCAGGCUAAUAAUCACAGCAAUCCAAAUAAUCCCAACAACCCCAACAAUUCUUCUAACGCCAAGAAUAAUAACAUGGAUCGCGUAAAGAGGCCGAUGAAUGCCUUCAUGGUAUGGUCGCGUGGGCAACGGCGCAAGAUGGCUCAAGAAAAUCCUAAAAUGCAUAAUUCCGAAAUAUCGAAACGCCUUGGUGCUGAAUGGAAACUUCUCAGCGAAGGGGACAAGCGUCCGUUCAUCGACGAGGCGAAACGGCUGCGCGCUGUUCAUAUGAAAGAGCAUCCUGAUUACAAGUAUCGGCCGCGCCGCAAGACAAAGACGCUCAUAAAGAAAGACAAGUUCCAACUCGGCGGAGCAGUUGCUGGAGUCGGCGGAAUGCUCGGCGUGGAUCAACGGCAAGUAGGUACCAGCGGAGGACCACAACAACCGCAAUUGCCGCGUGAUGUAUAUCAGAUGCCCAAUGGAUACAUGCCCAACGGUUACAUGAUGCCUGAUCCGACAACGUAUCAACAACACGUCGCGUAUAGCAGUCACAUGGGUGGUGCCGCAACCGCUGCCUCGGCUGUGGCCUACCCCAGGUACGAUUCCAUGGGACAUCAUAUCGGUGGCAGCAGUCCCAGCCCUAUCAACAUGAACGGCUACGGCGGAUACGGCGGAUACGGUGCUACUGUACCUGGCGGAUCACCAUCACCUUACCAUCAGGCUCAAACGGGUUCUCAGAUAUCCAGUAGUCAUAGUCCUAGUGGCAGCAGCAUAAAGUCCGAGCCGACGAGCCCGGCGAGCGGCGGCAUACACACGCCGACGCCGACGGGCGGCCCAACACCGACGGGUGCGGCUGGUCCUGCCGGACAGGUCAAGAGAGAAUACAUGGGGCAGCAAACGAGCCAACAGACAUCGCAAGGCGAUCUCCGGCAGAUGAUCUCAAUGUAUCUGCCGCAAGGCAUCGAGCAGGGAGUCGUGCAACACGGUGGAAGCGUCUACCCACCGGGUCCAUCACCUGAUUCUUUGACGCAGCACCAUACCAUGCAGCCGAUUUCACAUAUGUCAGAUAGCGAUCGUAAAAUGUUAAACCCAGAAACUGGCUGCUACUCCGAAUCCGUACGAGCAUGGGAUUGGAACGCGACGGGCAACGUACGCGUGCAGGAAUCCUGGCCGACGUGAACGACUCUCGCCGCGACAAUGUCGAACCAUUCCACCACCGAAGGAUCAGGCUCCUUGAUUGUUUCGCGCGCUACGAGCCGAGCCACUGUGCGCACUGUGCAUCGAGACGCUGCCGCGCGGAGCUACCCCAGCCCAGAACCAGUUAUGAACAUAUGAUUAAGCUCGUUUUAAUAAGUUUUUAUGUAGACCUUACGCGUAAGGAUGUAUAAUAAAAAUAAGUGUUGAAUAAACCAGAUACGU